AUGGAAACUGCAGGACGAGAAGCAAAUCGGGCGCCAGGCAGAGAUCCUGAGCCUUCGCCUGCCGUGCCUAGAGAAGCACUGGAAGCGUACAUGCAAGCCAUGCUCGGCCCACAACGAAGCGCGUCUUCACUUUCUCACGGUACGCCUCCCUCGACAGGCGCAGGCUAUCACGAACACUCGGGCCUGCGCUCGAUGCCGAUGAGACUAAAAUCGGAAGACGGCUUCGCGUUCGGUCAAGGCGCUUCUCGAGCGGGAUCGGGAUCAUCUGCAAUGAGUCUCGACGGACAGAUGCUCAAUGGUGGGCACCAUCAGCUCAACACGGCCCUCACUCUCGAUACGACACCCGCCAAAGAGGGUUACUACGAUUCUCCGGUCAGUAUGCUCAACAGUGCCAUGUUGCCUACCCCGAUGCCGCUGCCCGAGUUGGGCCACUCUCAGUCGGCUCAGCAGGAGUACCGACACGAUCUGCUCGUGCCUGAAGAACAUAAUACUUGGGAUUACGCUUCAAGCGAGGGUGGCCCUCCCUCCGAGUACGAAGACUUUGAGCCUUCUGCCAACUUUACACACGCUGAAUACAACGACGCGAGCUCGCAUGUGCCCUCGCAUGACGCAUUCACUCAGCACCAGCAGCAAGGCCAUGCGCAAGGCGACGUCUUUCUCUCUCAAAUGCAGCUCAAAAACCUUAGCUUAGAAGCAAAAGCAAAGUCGCCCAGUCAUUCUGCAGGUCAAUUCAUCGAUAGCGUCAGGACAGAGUCGCCCAGCGCUCUACCGUCCUCUACGCUACAUCAAGGAGCUGCCUCAAAGCAGGACAACAAGGACUAUCGUUUUCCGCUCUAUCAACCCGGUAGAGGCGAUACCCUGAAGCCGAUAGAAGACUUUACUUUCUCGCCUUCUGCCAAAGAGCCCCCGCGAAAUCUAUCGCCUGACGACCGUGCUUGGCUAGACUCGCUGGCAUCGAGAAGCAGCAGUGAUUCGCAUCAAAGACUCACGUCUUCGCCGCCUUCACUGGCAGUAGACGACUCCCAAGCAAGGGAUAAUCCUUCGGCCGCCGCCGUUUCGAGGACGAACGCGAAUAGCUAUAGUCCCAACGGACGUAUCAUCUCGCCACCUCUUGCCAAGCUGUCGAUUCCUGACUUCACAGGAGGAGCGGCGGAUUCUAUUGCUGCACAUGCGCCGGCCGAAGUGCCUAAUAUCUCCUUCCAUGGUGCGACUCCCAACACCGCCGUGCCGCCCACAGCUCUACCGAGACACUACAUGCCUGCCAAAUCUGGCCAACAGAGGUCGACGAGCGAGAAGGAAUCACUCUUCUGGUCGCUUGUUCAACAGCAGCAAGAUCAAGAAAGGCAGCAGUUGCAAAAUCUCCUUCAAGCUCAACCUCAAUCCCAUGCUCCAGCUGCGCAACAGUCGUUUUUGUCGGGUCGUAACCCGAUAAGACAGCGCUCAAAGUCUGAUGUUGGCCCAAUAUCGCCCACUGCUACGUUUCAUCCGAUGGAUGCCGUUUUCCCAAGGUCGAACGCUAUCGACCCUCGCCAAUUAGAUCGACUGCAACCUGCGCCGUGGCAAGAGCAAGCAAUAGACGAUGAGAUUAUGUCCGAAAGCGAUGACGCCUUCAGCGCCUACUCUCAAGGCGACGUUUCUGGCGAUGAAGAUAUGAGAACACGCUCUAGCGCUGCUGGACCUCACAAAACGAGACGAAGAGGAAGCCAUGUGAGAGAACGUGCUUCGCCUUUUCCGACUACGCCUGCCAUUCCUUCUCUACCCUCACCAUCGCCCUAUCAUCUGACAGCGGACAACUUAGCUGCUGAUUAUUCGCUCAGGAGAGCUCAUAGCAGUAAUGCGCUCAACCGACAUCGCGCUAGUCUGAGCGACACCACUGGCAUGUAUUGGCCAAGCCAUGUCCAGCCUCAGAUGCCAUAUACUGCCGGGAUACCGCAACCUGGCUCAGCCUGGCCAGGCCCGAUGGCUCACCCGCAAUAUCAAGUUGCAGACUCGAGCGAGCUCAUGGCUCGAUAUGGGCUUCUUGUACCGCCCAACACGAUCAACGUACCCGCUCUAUCGCCCUUUCCUGGAUCAAUCUCGAGAUCUAAUAGCGUCCUGUCAAGCUCGUCUUCUGCUAUCAGCAGCCACGACGAUGGAUCGUAUUACGAAUCGGGACCCUCACGUCAAGUGCAUAGAAGGACGGGAUCGAAUCAGUCUAGCGCAGCGGGCGCUCAACCGCUCCAUUGGGAAUCGCAAACGACGGAAGCCACUCGUGCAGCUGCAGAAGCAAGAAGGAAGCCAGGUACUCAGGCCAAAUUCGAGUGCGAGUUCUGUGGUCAGACCUUUACACGUCGUUAUAAUCUUGCGGGACAUCUCAACUCUCACCUCGGUGCUCGACCUUUUGAGUGUGACUAUCCAGAGUGUGGCAAGAGCUUUGCGCGCGCACACGAUCUCAAACGGCACGCUGGAUUGCACGCUCCUAUCGAAAAGUAUCCCUGCGUAUGCGGUCGCAAAUUCAAACGUCAAGACGCCUUGCAACGCCAUCACAAAAGUGAAGCUGGAGCUACUUGUGCGCAGGAGAUGAGUUCUCAAAACGGAGACGCCUAUUGA